AUGACUGGAAUUCAUACCUUUAUUCCCCUCUACGCUUUCCUGGUCUCCUCUGUGACACUCCUGUCUACCUCAGAGGGCAACGAAAGGGCUACGGUGGACAAUGACCUCCCUUGGAGCAGAGCCAAGAGAGCUGUGAAUACUCCCGCUGCAAUCGCCUGUGAACUCUCACCUUGGGGUCAAUGGUCAUCCUGUCAGCCAUGCCAAGGCCUGAGGUAUCAAUCCAGGAAGAUUGUUCGGUUCGGGCAGUUUGGGGGCAGGACGUGUACAGAUAUAUUGUCCAAAGAGGAAGCCUGCCCACUCACUGGGAACUGUGAAGAGCCACCAGUCAACUGUGGAAACAAGUUCCAGUGUGAAAACGGACGCUGCAUCCAGAUGAGGUUGAAGUGUAAUGAAGAUAACGAUUGUGGUGAUUUCAGUGAUGAGGAUGACUGUGAGACGUUCAGAUCCCCCUGUACCAAAGUCUUGGAGCCUUUGGAAAUAGGGCACACUGCAGGAUCAGGGCUGAUCAUCUUCGGGAUGGAGCCGCGGAAAAGCCCGUUCAACAACAAAUUCUACAAUGGCCAAUGUGAAAAUGUCUUUGACGGCAACAGGAGGACUCGUUUUCGUAUCCCGUGGAAUAUUGGCUUUUUCUCCUUCCAGACACAAGCUACACAAGCCUUCAUGACUGAGGUAUACGAGAGUUCAACUGAAGUUGUCACAAAGAUCAUGGAAGAGACCACAAGCAGUUUCAACGUUGGACUCUCUCUGACCACCAAGUCUUGUAUUGUUGAUGUUACUGCUGGCGUUGGCUUCAAUCUCAACAAGUCGAGAAAUCUUGAAGUCCUACUAAGUCACAAUCAGUCCCAGGCGAAUGAAUACUUCCGGGUAAAGGGUCAAAUACAGCUGGCAAAAUUCCACAUGCGAAACACACGCUAUAUGCUUGAUGACGAUUUUAUCAUUGACCUGAAGAAUCUGCCAAGGGAAUAUGACAAAGGGGUGUAUUUUAAAUUCCUGGAAAGCUACGGUACACAUUACAGUUCCACUGGAAUACUCGGCGGCGAUUAUCAAAUGGUUUACGUGUUGGACAAAUCAGAAAUGAUGAAGGAUCGUAUCACCAAUGAACAAGUGAAGAGAUGCCUGGGAUUUGAUGCAAACUUCAACAUCCAACAGAGCCUGAUAGAAGGACAUGACUCCGCCAAGGUGGAAGUUGAUCUCAAUCUCAACACUGACACCUGUAGGAAGAUCACGAAAGGAAGCUACACUUCGAAAACGGAAAAGCCCAUCAUCAAGGACGUGCUGGCCUUUGUAUCUGGUGGUGACACGGUGUUUCUGACCAAGCUGAAUGUGCUGCUGUCUGAGAAAAGGCAGCCUCUCGAUGUCUCUGUCUACAUGGACUGGGCCAGGUCACUCAUCAAUGCUGCAGUGUUAGUGAGGCAGCAGGUGGUGCCAGUCUACAGCUUGGUCCCAGUCACGAUGAGAAAUGCCACAGUGAUCAGGCAGAACCUGGAGCAAGCUAUCUCUGACUAUGAGGCAGAGUUCAGCGUGUGCAAGUGUGCCCCGUGCAUGAACGGUGGCACGGUGAUCCAGCUGGAUGGCCAGUGUCGGUGCCUGUGCAGUAUGAUGUUCCAGGGCCUAGCCUGCGAAACCCCCAAACUGCAAAACAAAGACAAAGAAGGCUCUCCCUUGGGGAUGGCUGCUGGUCAGAGUGGUCCUCCUGUAGCAACAACCAACAAGUGCGUAGCCGACAGUGCGUGGGCACACAGGGUGAAGGUGCCCCAUGUACGGGGGAGAACCAGGGCACCCGUCACUGCUGAGACCCAAGACCACAUGGAGGAGGCAAAGUGAGCUCAAGUCCAGCGGCUCAUCGCCCAGCGGGCAUCGCUGCCAACUUCCAUCA